AUGCAGAUGAUAAGCUGCAUUCCUUACCUCCCACUCCCACUCACGAUCUUUACCUUUGUCUCCAUCAUUCUGAUCAAUGUGGGAGGCGUCAAUCCGAAUUAUACCAGCAGCUCCAGUAACUAUUUCGUCCUAGAAAAGAACAGUGCUUUCAAUCUCGUUAAUUGGAACUAUACCAUAACGCCCCUACAAAGCUUUGGUUCUUACGAGUAUCACUUGUAUCUGAAUCGACUGUGUUCAUUCGCCAAAAGCCAACCCCCAUCUUACAGUCUCAGUCCCUCUAUCGUCUCAGGAAACUGUAUAAAUGAUCGCAACACUGGCGAGUUCGAAGAUGGGCGACAUUUGUAUGCUCCAAAUGCUCUUGUUGGAAGCCUCAGUCCCUUUCGAUUCAGUACCGUUUAUCUUGUCGUACCCUUCGCCUUCUAUAUCUUGACCGCCAUUUGUGCCUUCUUCUUGAUGGUCUGUGUGAUAUUUGGAGGCAAGCGACUUGGUCGUGGAGGGGCGAUUGCAUGUACAGUCAUCUCCGGUCUCGCCAUGAUCUUUGUUAUCAUCGCCUCAGCGGCGAUCACAGGACAAAUGUAUCACUUGAAAGAUCAGAUUGAAAACGACACAAGAAGGAUAACGGCUCUUUCGAGCCAGACAAUAGGAAGUCAGAUUGGUGACACAACUGAUUGGACCACGACAAUCAAUCAUGUUUCGGUCGGCAGUGUUGUGCUUGGCCUUACUUGGGCUUCAGCUGUGGCUAUGAUGAUUGAGUUCUUCAUGUGGGUUUGGGCUGCGAUAGCCGUAAGGAAAGAAAGUCCCAAUAUCGCUAUGAAGGACGAGCAUCGUGUGCAGGGUUGA